AGGUUUGCCGUACCCAUUGCCAAAACAUUGAACAGUCUAUAAUUAAAUACUAUCUAUCAUUUUUUCUUUUUUGUUAUUCUUUCUCUCAUCUUUCAUUCGAAAACCCAAGUCUUUUUCUUUUGGUAGGAACACCAAAAGUCAUACUUUAUUCCAUUCCAAUAAUCCUCACUUUACUAACUUGAUCAUAAGCCGCUGGGUGAUCCUCUUCUUCAGCAUAUAUACAGAGAGACAAAUAUGGUAGCUGAUGGAUUAGCAAACUAUGGUACACACUUAUCAUGCAGCAACAACUUAUAACUUUUUGAUACACCAUCACUUUUUGUCCACCAACAUUUCCAUGAAGACAAAGAAGGGGCAGUAAGAAGGAGACUUGUCAGCUCAUGCGUUUUUGUUACCCCCAUGUUCCCCCAAAUGUAAAUCCAUGCACAACUAUGCUCUCCGCUCCUCCCUCCGCUUUCUUGGAUAAUUUUGGAGUUGAGCGGAAAGCUUAGUAACUUAUCGAAGCUAUGGAGGGGGGAGAGGAUCAGGUGAAGAAGGAGAGGGUAGUAGAGGCAAGAGCAAGAAACAUCAGCCACAAUGUCAGGUGUACAGAGUGUGGCAGUCAGUCCAUUGAAGAUUCUCAAGCUGACAUUGCCAUUCUCCUCAGGAAGCUAAUUCGGGAUGAAAUUCGAGAUGGGAAAUCUGACAAGGAGAUCUACAGAAAGCUUGAGGAUGAUUUUGGUGAGACAGUACUUUAUGCCCCAAAAUUUGAUAUGCAGACGGCUGCUUUAUGGCUCUCUCCGCUACUAGUUGCUGGGGCUGCUGGAGGCAUGUGGGCUUACAAGAAGCACAGGCAGAAGACUAACGUGCACAUUAUGGCUCUGAAUCUCGUUCGAGGAAUUCCAUUAACACCAAUGGAAAAAGAAACUAUGCUCGAGGUCCUCACACCACCUCCUGGAGGAACUUCGUCCUCCAGUUGGUGGAGAAGAUGGCUUCAGCAGUGAAAGUUUCUUUAACCUACCAUCACUUGUAGCAUAUUGUUCUGCUGUAUUAUUGCAAACUUCGAGCUAGUCAAGUGUCAAGAUGCCACCCUAUCCAUGUCAUUUUGCAUUGGCGUGUUUGAAUUGGUCAUUGAGAUUACACAUUUUUCUAAAGGUAUUCCCUGAAAUAAGUGAUCGACAUCUUAUUGUACAAAACGUACAACUUGAUCAUGAGCUGACUUCACACUAACGGAGAUAAACUA